AGAUAAUAAUCGAUUUAAAAGGGAAAGUGUUGAACUGAUUUGACUUCUGUUGGAUUUAUUGGAAGAAUCGUUAAACUAACUCGCAUUGAGGGAAUGCAAAAGAAUUAGAUUGCAACAACUGCCGAAGACAUCAAGAGCUUAUAAUACGUUGAAAACAACUGAACGAGAUGGCCUUUGCCAACGUUAUGCUUGUGGUGCUGCUCGUAUCAGCUUUACUAAUGAUCAAAACGAAGGGAGAUUUUCCACGAAACCAAGCACCAAAGACGGUCAUAAAUUUAUCUGAUGUUCCUGUUAAAGCAUUUACCGGCGACGAAGUGACUCGAGACAACAGAUUAAGCUAUCUGCAGUUGGUUAAACGGAUUCGAAUGGGCACCAAUGACAUGCUAGCAAUUGCAUCAAGGGAUCAAUUGUACUUCAUCAAUCCUGAGAAAUUUCGCACAGACAACAUCCGAGACAUACAAUACGAUAAUGUUAUUACUUGGAAGUCUAAAAAUAUGACGAGAGAAUUAUGCUCGAUGAAAGGCCAAACAGAGGAACUGUGUCAUAACUUUCUUAGCGUCGUAGCGACCACGAAUGACGAAGGCAGCGAACUGCUGGUGUGCGGCACCAAUUCAUUCAGCCCGAUAUGCACAACAUACACGGUCUCCUACAUGUCAUCUGGUUUAGUGAUGGUUCGUGGAGAAGAUUUCUCCGGCAAGCAGAGAUGCCCUUAUGGUCCUAAUCAACCUAGCGCGGCAAUUUUUACCGGUGGUUCGUUGUACGCGGGAACCUACCAAGCUUUUACUGGUGUUUCUCCCGUUGUCUCGCGAAGCAUGGGCGACAACACACCGCUUAAGACUGCCUCUAUUGACGAAGCCAUGAAUCGUCCCCGGUUUGUAAAAAUGAUCGAAGACGACAAACGGGUUCUUGUUUUCUUUAACGAAAUGCAGAAGCUGUCGUCGGGGGAAGUCCGUAUGGUGGCGCAAGUGGGACAGGUUUGCAAAAACGACGUUGGUGGAGACCGUGUGUUAUCUCGUAUGUGGACAACCUUUAUUAAAUCGCGACUCAAUUGUUCUUACAAUGGUUUUUACCUGAAUGAACUUCGUGACGUCACAGAAGCAAAAUUCGUAAACGGAGUGGAAACAAUUUUCGCCACUUUUUCGACACCUGAAGAUUCUUUGGCUGGAGCAGCCGUGUGUUCUUUCACAAUGAACGCAAUACGAGAAGCACUACAUGGAGCUUUCUUGGUCGGUAGCGACCCUUCAGCACAAACAGUGGGGACAUCUCCAGCAGCUUCUAGACACCCAGCAUCUUGUCCAAGUGAAAAGAUGACAGAUUCGGAGCUCUUCUUUAUCAAAUCACAUCCACAGAUGAAAGAACAGGUCCCUGGUUCGUUGUUAAUGACCAACCAAGGUUCAAGAUGGACGACCAUAGCGCUAGACACCAAAGCGGGCCCGAAUGACAUCACAGUGAUCCUUGUUGGCACAGAAGACGGUCAAAUAAUCAAAGGAUUGGGUCCAAACCAAAUGUGGGAGCAUGGGGCUAUCAUUUCAAAACAAGAUGUUUUUGACAGCAACAGAUGUUCCUCUGGUAAUCCCGAAGUAGAGGAUAGAAGAGUGUUGAGCAUUCUGGUCGACGCUGAACGUGGAUUUCUUCUGGUUGGUUUCAAGCAUUGCGUAGUUACCGUUCCAUUGAGGACAUGCGGAGUUCACAAUUGCCAAGAAGAAUGUGUUGGUUCUGCUGAUCCUUAUUGUGGGUGGGAGGUACGAUCGAACUCCUGUGUACCUUAUCUGACGGCGAACCAGGGCCUCGCACAAAACGUAGCUGGUGCUCUUAAGUCGCCAGAAUCAUACGGUGCAUGCCAACCUGAGGUGGAAGAAAACACAAAUAGUUUUGUUGAGGUACAAAAACCCAUAGUGGAAGUUGAAGAAAUGAUACCUAAGAAUGAAACCACCAAACCUGAAGGAAGAGAUGCCUUGGUCCCUAAAGUGAAUUGCGUUACUGGUGUAGAUCCUUGUUCAUCUAAGUUUGACUUGGUGGUUGUUAUAGUGGCCGGAGUUGGCGGGUUUAUUUUUGGCGUGUUUCUCACCAUUAUUCUGAUCGUGUUGUACCGAAAGAAAGUUUGUUGUAGCGGGUUCACUUCGAACGAUGAUGAUUUUAAAAAGAAGCAACUAAAGCAACAACAUCUGCAAGCAAUGUACCCUGAUGAUAGACGAGGUUCUUUGACCAGAACAGCUCGAAAAACCUACUUCGGGUGGAAAGAAUGGUUCUGUCGAUCAUCCAAACCAAAUACUCCAGCUGCCACACCAAGUCUGAACAAUAAAUUGGACCAAGAACAUCCAGCAGAGCGGCGCCCACGAAGAUUAAAUGACUACAGUGAGGCUCCUACAUUGAAAUCUACAGCACAGCCUAAUCAGCAUGCGCCCAAACCAAGACGAAUGUCAUCUCGACACAACAGCACAAGCAGCAAUGGUUCUGUACCAAACGGAUAUCCCCUUACACGCCAAGCUAGUGUCCUUGCAAAUGGUCCGAUCGUAUAUGAACAAGGACAACCUCUUCUACUUAACAACCAAACUGACGAAGCUUAUUAUUCUCCAACUACAGAAUGUAUACUUACCAACGAAAUGACCGAAGCCCCGACCUUACCCCACCCUAAAAGGAUCUCCCACGCUUCCAUGACAGGGGAAUACCCGAUUACGUCACUCCACGGCGCAGCAGAAAGCGGGCAACUGCCAACUGCGUCGACAAAAAUGCGGCGACGCAACGAAAAAGCAACGAGUCAGACGAACGAAAUCAUGCGGGAAUCGGACACAGCGAUUCGGAGUUUUGAGACCACACUUCAUCACAUGCAACAACAAGGAAUCCCCGUCGAUAAUUCAAGAGAAAGAUUGAACUCCAAUGACAGCGGUAAAGGGGAAAGCGUUCGUAACUCAAUAAGGACAGAACUCGAGCCAAUAGCGACGAAUGCAUCCGCGUUUAAGCAGCGACCAACUUCUCUUAAUCUUCCACAGAAUGGUGUUGGUCAUCGUCGACGUCUGACGUCAGAGCCAUCUUACCCCAAUGACGUCAUCACUCCUACUGGGUCCAUUAGCUCAGGCUCGUCAUCGGGCCGACGAAACCCACCGGUACGUCAGCAUUCGUUUGGGUUUCAUCAGUCGAGUUCGACUCGUUCCCAACCGACUACGCCGGUAGGUGGCGCGCCAGGGAAGCUCUCUGUUUACCACCCGAAGCCCAGCGAAGCGUCCGAGGUCGGGCAUUAUGCUACUUUGCCAAAAAAUGAGCAACCACAGGUCGGGAGACGAAAGGAGCGACAACACCAACAGCGUCACCACAUGGAGCAACUUCACGAACGUUUGUGUCCCCGUUUACAGCAAGAAUUCAUGCAACAACAGCAGCAACAACAGCAACAACAACAGCAACAACAACAGCAGAUGCACAAAGCUCAUAUGAUACAAGAAGUUAUGAAGAACCCGAGAACAACAGAACAUCAAAACCAAAGGCGGGGGGUCGUAACUCGUUCGUGUGGUUCGCCAGGGAAACACCCUGCACCCCCGCUUAACCGCUACCCCAGUCUUCAAGUUCGGGGUCCCAAUGCAUAUCAAGAAUACCAAAGAAUGCCCAUGUUGAAGAACCAACCAAUAAAUCAUUACCCGUCUUUGCCGCAUGGUUCGUCGACUUCUCCUUAUGGGAAGAACAGCAACAACAACAAUACAUACGGCACUCUUACAGCAUUCGAAAGACCAACAACUUUACACAGGCGCGAAAAACUUCCGCAAAUGAUGCGGCAGUCUUCAGUGCCUGGUUACGCAGCGCCGAAGCCUAUGUAUGUCGCUACACCUGUAGUGCCACCUAGCGGGACAAGGGAAAUGUAAUGGGAGCGUUGGGUGGCGCUAUUGGCGAGCGAUCUGCGGGCAGAUUUCCAGCCGAUGCGAAAAUAAGUUGUUUCACUGCUGAUUAACGUGUUUUACUUUGCAAUUUGUUAUAGUUUAUUUUUGUAACGAUCACGAUUUCACUUUGUUUGCGUUGUGUUUUGUGGAAAAAAUUAAACCUUUUAAUCGCUUGAAAAUUCCACGACGAACCCUAUUCAGUUUAAAAACCUUUUUUUUCACACUUUGUACUCAGUACAAUUUCGCUGGGGUAAAAAUUCAUCAGCGCUAGAUUACUUUUAAAUUGCUUUAUACAGUACGCCCAAACAUUCGAUUUUUCCGUUGUGUUUUUCCACUGUGCUCUCUCAUCGACGCGGAUUAAAUUCAAUUAAAACUGCUAGAAGCAAUAA